CUCCACUCCUUUCGUUUUUCUAGUCUAGGGUUUAAGAGCUCGCCGAGCCCGCCCGGCCCAGCUAGAGCCCAGGAACACCCCCGCGGCCCCACCCUCCCGUCUUGCCGGCGCCUCGCGCCGCCGUUGCCGGAGCCAAGCUCUCCGCCACCGAGUGCGCAAUGGCGUUCUCCUUCGCCUCGCCGGCGGCGUCGAACCCGUUCCAGACGCCGGCGGCGUCGAACCCCUUCCAGACGCUCCAGACGCCAGCGGCGCCGAACCCCUUUCAGACGCCGGCCCCGGCCACAACGCAGGCGCCGUCCUCCUCGCCCUCGCCGUUCCAGUUCAGCUUCCAGCAGCCGCAGCAGCAGCAGCCACAGCAGCAGGUGGCUCCGGCGGCGCAGCCUCAGCAGCCGCAGCCGCAGCAGCAGCAGAAGCUGAUGCUGUACACGACGGAUAUGAAGCCCGCGGGGUACAACACCAAGUGGGAGGAGCUGCACGCCGAGUCGCAGAAGGCGCUGCUCCAGAUCGAGGAUAAGAUACGUGAGUACAAAGAUGAGAGUGAGAGGUUGGAUCAGUGCAGUCGUCUUUAUGACUCCUCAAUCUCGAAUGUCAAUUUUGAGCUUGAUGCGAGUCGCAUUGCUCAGGAACUCGGAGGUACCACCACUGUGAUGGAGAGAGAGAAGGCUUCCAUCCAGGAAUUGAUGACUGUCGUUAAUGAAAUGAUGUGGAACACGGAAUUUGCUAUGAGGUCAUACUUGAUGUUGAGGCCAAGAUUCGUCCGUCCAGGUGCUGGUGUUGCCAAUGGUGGUUCUUCAAAUCCUUCUGCAGGUGCUCCACCCAAUCAGCCAGUGGUAGAUUUCUACAGUGGAGUCCCAAAGCGCCCUUCCCUUUUUAUGCAGCAUACUGUCAAUAGAUUUGAAUGUUAUCUCGCUGAGUGUUGCAAGUGGAUCGGUGAGCUAGAGCAGCUGGUUCAGAUGGAGAAUAAUAAAAGAUCAUCAGAUUCUCUGGAGUCUCUUCCAAAAGUUAUGUCAAAUGUGCAUGACUACUUCAUUUAUGUUGCUUCUAAGGUGGAAAAUCUUCAUCAGUAUGUUGAGUCAAUGAAAACUGAAUAUCUUAAUGAACAGCGUCAUAUGGGUAAUGGGAAUGAUCCGUUUCUGGAGGCAAACAGAAGAGAAGCAGCUAAACAAGAAGCAGCUGCCAAAAGGGUCCAUCCAACUUUGCAUUUGCCUGCUCCUGCACAGCCCACAACACAAAUUGCUGCACCAGCAGCAAGCCAACCACAGCAAUCUUUUUUUCCAUCUGGCGCAACUUCGUCAAGUGGUUUUUCAGCUUUUAGCACUCCUGCUGCCGCUCCAUCCUCAUCUAGUCUCUUUGCAACUCCAACAACUCCAGCUCCAUCAGGCGGCCUUUUUGGCGCAUCUGGAUCAGCUCAAUUGACCACACCAUUUGGAACAGCAUCCACUCCUACACUAGCAUCAACACCAGCUCCUGGAUUUGGGACUAGCACAUCUUUGGGUGGAACAUCAUUAUUUUCUACACCAUUUGGAGGUGGAGCUACAGCUUCCGGCUCCAGCUUCGGUGGUGCAUCGAAAGGGAGGUCUAAGCCCCGGGGGCGUCGCUGAACCAAUGUGAAACGUGGGUGCUCUUGUUUCUCCUCUUGGCCCCAUUCCCUUUUCCUCUGUCUUAUGCAAAACUUGUAAUUAACUUCCAAUUCUAGUGGAGUUUGGAGUGAUUUAUCUUGAUGCAUGCUUAGCUUACUAUUAGAUCUGUUUGGAUACUAUUGUAAUACUUGUCCAUUAUUGCUCUGUUCUUAGUCUUGCCAGAAUAUUCCGUGCUGAACUGCUACUCAAGAUUUCCUAUAAAGUGGUAAAGGCUGUAACCCACUAAUAUGCAUCCCAUUGGUUUCCACUAAUGAUAUGUUUUUGCCCGA